AUGGGAAAUAUCAAAUCUGAACUAGAUUUAUUGAAACAAGAGAACACCAGGUUUUUGGCUGAGAAUACUGAACUUAAAAACGAGAAUGCUAAAUUAAGACAAGAUUUAGAAGGGCAUGAAGCCAGAAUCACGAAGUUAGAGUGGGGAGAAAAAAGUAUUACUAAUGUUCCACAAUCUUCAGUUAAUAUCAUCUCUACUGAAAUGGAAAUUUCUAAUGAUACUCCUAUAUCCGAUAUAACCGAUGAUAUAUCCAAUAUAUCUGCUAACACUUCAAAUUCUAAUGAUGUUCAUGAACAAAUUGUCGCUUCAGCAUCUGAUAAUCCUAAAUCGUCGGAAGAUAAGGAAAUGGACGAUUUCCUAGAUUCAACAUAUAAAGAAAAAGUUAGUAAAGAGAUAAUUCAAAAUAUUAAGGAAAAGAAGCCUCAAAAUCAAGAGAAAAUCAUAACUUUCCAGGAUACUAAAUCUUCUUUGAGUGUAAAAG